CCCUUCCCUCUCCUCCUUUCUUUGCAAACCCCCAAACACUUCAUCACAGUUCACACUCUCACCGUCUCUCUACCUUCCGAUGACAACCCCGGCGGCUCUCCUCCUCUUCUCCCUCCUCCUCAUCUUCCACAAUGCAGGUCGAUGUGUCGUCAACGACGACGGUCACAAUGAUCAACAAAUGCAACCACCCAGUCUGGCCCGGGAUCCAGCCGGGCUCGGGAAGCCCAAUCCUCGCCCGCGGCGGCUUCCACCUCCCGCCCAACAAGGCUCAAACCCUAACCCUCCCGCCCCUCUGGUCCGGCCGCUUCUGGGGCCGCCACGGCUGCUCCUUCGACGCCUCGGGACGCGGCCGCUGCGCCACCGGCGACUGCGGCUCCCUCUACUGCAACGGCCUCGGCGGCGCCCCGCCGGCAACCCUCGCCGAGAUCACCCUCGGCCGCGACCAGGACUUCUACGACGUCAGCCUCGUCGACGGCUAUAACAUCGCCAUGGCCAUCACCCCUGUCAAGGGGACCGCCGGGAAGUGCAGUACCGCCGGGUGCGUGAGCGAUUUGAACCUGAUGUGCCCCGCCGGGCUGCAGGUGAGGUCGCGUGACGGGCGGCGCGUGGUCGCGUGUAAAAGCGCGUGCUCUGCUUUUAACUCGCCGAGGUACUGCUGUACCGGCGCGUACGGGAACCCGCAGACCUGUAAGCCGACGGCGUACUCCAGGAUCUUCAAGGCGGCUUGCCCGAGAGCGUAUUCUUAUGCUUAUGAUGAUCCCACCAGCAUCUCUACUUGUACCGGCGGCAACUAUUUGGUCACUUUCUGCCCUCCCCGCCGCCGUUGAUCGGCUGGCUGUUUUUGUUGGGAGCUUUCGGUCUGGAUCUUGGGUAGUAGUGUAAUUUGCGCUAGUUUGGGGAACUUGUUGUAUUAGUAAUAAUUUUGUUAAUUUUGGAGAUUUGUUAUGCUGUACUGUAUUAGUAUUAUUAAUAUAUAGUAAGCUUGAAUUUGUCGGAGUACUUAUGUCGGUUGCUUGGGAAAUGCUUGAGGAGUAAUAUGGUUUAUUAUUAUCCUAUAU